CAAUUGCGCUCCCUGUGUGUCUCUCUUCUUCUCUCACUUGGGGGGUGGGUGGGGGUGUCAAAGAAAGAAGAAAGAAAGAAGUAGAGAGAGUGAGAGAGAUGCGAAAGUAAAAGAAAAAAAAGGUUCGGGGACGAGAAUAAAGAAGUGUGAGAGAGUGGAGAGGAGGAGUUUCCACUUUCUGGCUGGGACAGAUCAGAACUCCCACAAAUACAAACCCAUAUAGAAAGUCUCCCAAAGCUUGGAGGAGAAUCUAGGGUUUCUUGAUCAUCCGUCGGGAACUCAUGGCCAGUCCUCCUCUCUCGGCCCGCUUGCCCAUCACUCCAUCCACACCUGCCUCCGGCGCUUUGCGGACCCCUCUCUCCGACGACGCAAUCUGGAAACGCCUCCGAGACGCCGGCUUCGAUGAGGACUCCAUCAAACGCCGGGACAAAGCUGCUCUCAUCGCCUAUAUUGCCAAGCUUGAAUCUGAGAUCUAUAACCAUCAACACCACAUGGGUCUUCUCAUUUUGGAAAAGAAGCAAUUGGUUUCAAAAUAUGAGGAAAUUAAAGCCUCUGCUGAAUCCACUGAAUUAAUGUAUAAGCGGGAGCAAGCUGCACGUGCAUCUGCUCUAGCUGAAGCCAGGAAGCGGGAGGAGAAUCUGAGGAAGACUCUUGGAAUUGAAAAAGAGUGUAUUGCUAAUAUUGAGAAGGCAUUGCAUGAGAUGCGUGCAGAAUGUGCUGAAGCAAAAGUUGCAGCUGAUAGUAAACUUUCUGAGGCACGAAAUAUGGUAGAAGAUGCUCAGAAGAAGUUUUCUGAUGCUGAGGAAAAGCUGCGUGCAGCAGAGUCUUUAGAAGUAGAAGCCAACCGGUAUCGCCGAGCUGCUGAAAGGAAGUUACAUGAAGUGGAAGCACGCGAAGAUGAUCUCAGGAGGCGUAUGAUUUCAUUCAAAGCAGAAUGUGAUGCUAAAGAGAAGGAUGUCCUUCUUGAGAGGCAGUCUUUACUUGAGAGGAAGAAAACUUUGCAGCAAUCGCAAGAUGGAUUAUUCGAAGGACAAUCUUUACUGAACCAAAGGGAGCAAUACAUUUUGAAUAGAUCUCAAGAAUUAGAUCAACUUGAGAAAUCGAUUGAGUCAUCAAAAGCAAGCAUUGAGAAAGAAGUUCAAACACUAAAUGAGGAGAGAACCACUUUGGAACAGAACGUAGCGUCUUUGUCAGCAAGGGAAGAGGCUGUUAUCAAGAGGGAAUGUGAGCUGAGAAAGAGAGAAGAAGAGCUUCUUGUUCUACAGGAAAAAAUUACCAGCGAGGAAUCUGAUGGAAUAAAGCAAGUUAUGGUUAACCAUGAAGCUUCUUUGAGAUCAAGGAAGUCUGAAUUUGAAGCAGAGUUGGAGAUGAAGCAAAAGUUGGUGGAGGAGGACAUAGAGACCAAGAGACGUGCUUGGGAAUUGAAGGAGAUUGACCUUCUUCAACGUGAGGACCUAAUCUUGGAAAAAGAACAUGACUUGGAGGUGCAAUCACGGUUGUCAGCAAAUAAGGAGAAUGAUUUGUCAGAGAGGACAAAUUUACUUGAUGAGAAGGAGAAAAAUAUGCUUGCUGCUGAAAGAGAGAUUGAAGUGACCAAAGAACUUCUGCAGAAAGAAAAAGAAGUUGUCAACAAUUUGAAAAUUGAUCUUCAGAAGUCUAUGGGUUUACUGGAGGACAGAAAGAAGCAAGUUGAUCAUGCAGAAGAGAAAGUGGAGGCCAUGAAAAGUGAAACAAAUGAUCUACUUGUUCUGGAAAUGAGACUUAAAGAAGAAAUUUAUGCCAUUAGAGCCCAGAAGCUGGAGCUUGAGGUUCAGGCAGAUGAGUUGAAAACACAGAAAGCAAGGUUUGAAACUGAGUGGGAAUUGAUUGAUGAGAAGAGAGAGGAAUUAAGGAAGGAAGCGGAACAUGUUGCAGAGGAGAGACUAGCCAUUACUAAGUUUCUCAAGGAUGAGCGUGAUUGCCUUAAAUCAGAGAAGGAUGCAAUAUGGGCUCAGUAUAAAUGUGAUGUUGAGUCACUUUCUCGAGACCGGCAAGACUUCAUGAGCGAAAUUGAGCAUGAGCGUUCAGAGUGGUUCAGCAAGAUUCAGAAAGAGCGUUCAGAUUUCUUGCUGGAUAUUGAGAUGCAGAAGAGGGAGCUAGAAAACUGUAUUAAAAACAGGCGUGAAGAAAUUGAAAGGUAUCUUAGGGAAAGAGAGAAUGCAUUUGAGGAAGAAAAGAAGAAAGAACUUCAGCAUAUUGCUUCCCUUCGGGAAACAGUGGUGAAAGAAAUGGAAGAAGUUAACUUAGAAAUGCAAAAGCUUGAUACUGAGAGAAGAGAAAUCAAUUUGGACAGGGAAAGAAGGGACAAGGAAUGGUCAGAAUUGAAUAAUUCAAUUGAAGAACUUAAGGUGCAAAGACAGAAGUUGGAGAAACAAAGGGAGCUAUUGCAUGUAGAUAGAGAAGAGAUUCUGGCUCGGAUUGAACAAAUGAAGAAGUUGGAGGAUUUGAAAGUUCUCCCAGAUCGAAUAGUUGCAUCUGAGAUUCAAGAAUUGGACCUACAUUGUCGGAGGCAAAAAGUUUCUGCAAGAAGUAUGAAGCAGCAGACUGCUGUACAACAUGCUAAAUUGGAGUCAGAUAACGAAAUCCAUGGCAUUGAACUUGAUCUAUCACCUGCAAAGGGAUUAGAUAUUGCUCCUCCUGCCUCUGCUCCUUUCUCUUGGCUUAAACGAUGUGCUGAUACACUGUUAGAGCACUCACAUAUUAAAAAGAAAAGGAAGCAGCAAACGGAUGUUGAUGUAACUGCUGAAAACGAGCUUGCAUCGGACCAAAUUCUGGAAGGUGACAAAGAAACCACAGUGUAUAUAGAUAAGAUAAUAACUAUUCGAGAAGUAACCUCUGUGGAUGGAAGUCGAGUUAUCGAGGACAGCCAGGAUUGAAAUCAUCAGUCCCAUGGCCAAAUGGUUUGAUUACUCGUGUGUAAAUAUUAUUUUUCAAGUAUGCUUGAAGUUGGAAGCCAUGGCUUCUUGUUGUGAACAUAGCAGAGGGAACAUUGGAGGCUGAUAUUACAUUUCUGAGUGUAUGAUUACAAUUCUAUUUGUAGCCUAAAGGUUUUUGUUAGAGCCUUGUGGAAAUUGUCUCCGCUUGCAAUUUGGUUCGAUUGAAGGGUUGCUUUGGAGCAAUUGUUUGAAGGUUGUCUGAUUGCAACCUGUGGUUCAUUGCUCUGGACCAAAUCGGCAUUCUCUCCAGAUGUGGGGAUAAGGAUGCAUGCUUCUAUGGCCUCACCAGGCCCCAAAUUGCGAGAUUCUUGUGCAUUGGGUUCCCAUAAUUUAUUACUUUAGAUUGAUUAAAGAUACUUUCAUCUUAGUUUUUGACCUCUUCAGUUAGUAAGAUGUUAUGCUGGUUUGAGCUGCUAAUUUGAUUUGUACCUCUUUAUGCUGUCCGUGACUCCAUGUUAA